AUGGCGAAUUCGGGCUGUGAGGACCUCCGGGGCCAGGAGGGGGAGAGUUUUCUGUACUUCGCCUACGGUAGCAAUCUGCUGACCGAGCGGAUCCACCUCCGAAACCCGUCAGCCGUGUUCUGCUGCGUGGCCCGCCUGCAGGAUUUUAAGCUUGACUUUGGCAAUUCCCAAGGCAAAACAAGUGAAACUUGGCAUGGAGGUAUAGCCACCAUUUUUCAAAGUCCUGGCGAUGAAGUAUGGGGAGUAGUAUGGAAAAUGAACAAAAGCAAUUUAAGUUCUCUGGAUGAGCAAGAAGGAGUUAAAAGUGGAACCUAUGUCCCAAUAGAAGUUAAUGUUUAUACUCAAGAAGGAAAAGAAAUAACUUGUCGAAGUUAUCAGAUGAAAAAUUAUGAGAGUGCUCCCCCAUCUCCCCAGUAUAAAAAGGUCAUUUGCCUAGGUGCAAAAGAAAAUGGUUUGCCACUGGAGUAUCAAAAGAAGUUAAAUGCAAUAGAACCAAAUGACUACAAAGGAGAAGUCUCAGAAGAAAUUGAAGACAUUAUCAAAAAGGGAGAAACAAAAACUCACUAGAACAUAACAGAAUAGAUCUACAGAUAUUUUCUGUAUGUGCUAAUAUAUUUUUAACGUUUAGAACAGGAAUCUGAGGUAUCUCUGUGUUCAACAGUGCUCUGAAAGGAUAUCUUACUAAGGUGAUUCCUUGUUUUCAGACUAUAAAAAGAAACUAGGUUAGGAAUUAGAUGAUUGAAAAGGGGGCCGGGAGGCACUGGAAUGCAUGACAAAUGGAUGCAGGUACUCCUAUGAACAAAGUUAUUUUCUGCAUUUGAGUGUAUCCUUGCUCUGUGACAAAGGAGAGAUUUGCAAUUUAAUGAUCGUGCUGGUGAAUUGCUCUGCUCUGGGAUUUUUUUUAUCAGCUUAAUAAAGAGCGAGCAAACUGCAGAGACAGCUGAUGAUAAUUUUUUUUUUUAAUUUAAAAGUGGCAUACUGUUCUUAGAGAAAUAAAUGUAUUUGUGGUUGAACCUGUA